CAACCGUUAGUGACGCUGAAGCCAGUAAAGGAGGCGUGCUGUGCUGCUGCUCUGCGGGGCCGUUUAUCUGGUGAAGAACACAACGAAGUCCACGAUAUAAACCGAACCGACGCAGACGAUGGCUGAAGGCGACAACAAAAGCGCGAAUAUGCUCGCUCAGGAGACGGCCCAUCUGGAGGAGCAGCUGCAGGGCUGGGGUGAGGUGAUCCUGGCCGGGGAUCGCGUCCUUCGCUGGGAGAAGCCCUGGUUCCCUGGAGCCCUGAUUGGUGCCACCACCCUGCUCUUCAUGCUGAUUUACUACCUGGAUCCGUCGGUGCUGACUGGGCUGUCCUGCGCCGUCAUGCUGCUCUGCCUAGCAGACUACCUGGUGCCCACCCUCGCACCCAGGGUCUUCGGCUCCAAUAAGUGGACCACCGAGCAGCAGCAGCGCUUCCAUGAGAUCUGCGGUAACCUGGUGAAGACUCAGCGUCGCAUCGUGGGCUGGUGGAAGCGUCUCUGCACUCUCAAGGAGGAGAAGCCCAAAAUGUACUUUGCCUCAGUGAUCAGCAGCUUGCUGGCGGUGGCCUGGAUCGGACAGCAGGUGCACAACCUGUUCCUCACCUACCUGAUAGUGAGCUUCCUGCUGCUGUUGCCGGGCCUCAACCAGCAUGGCGUCAUCACGAAGUACGCCUCCAUGGCCAAGAGGGAGAUCAACAAACUGCUCAAACAGAAGGAGAAGAAGAACGAGUAGACGGACGUGUGGAGCUGAGUCUCUGACCAGACCAACUAUGACAGAAAAUGGAAGGUGGAAGGAAGUUGUUUGAAAAAAAGAGGGGGGGGGG